AGGGUGCCUCAGCGAUUCGUUGAUUUCAAUUUGCUGUCUUUUUGGUUGAAUCGAUGCCUGGGCUUACAUCUCGAGUCUUGCGCUUCGGAUUGGACCUUGAACCAAGAUGGUUCACUCCGCGUUAUCGAUGUUCGAGCGAAUUCCGUUGUUAAAGCCACUCAGAACUGCCAGUUCCUAGCUUUGUCGUACGUAUGGGGAGAUGUCCAACAGCCACUUCUUUUGAAAAGUAAUUGUGAUGUUUUGUUGGAGCCAGGCGCAUUAGACCGUAUUGAGCCUGAGACGCCACGAACGAUCAGAGAUGCCAUGGAGCUCUGCAGACAGCUCAAAGAGAACUAUCUUUGGGUCGAUAGUUUGUGCCUCCUCCAGGAUGAGCUCAACCAUAACCCCAAUCAAGUUGCAAAUAUGGGUCUGGUUUAUAAAGCAGCGAAAGCAACCAUUGUCGCCAGUUGUAGCGUCAAUUCGAAUGCAGGGUUGCCAGGUGUCGGCUCAAAUCCGCGACUAGGAAGACGUGAAGACAUAACAAUACAAGGUAUCAAGUACACCACUGCCUUGAGUAUGCCAACGGAUGCUGCUCAAAAGUCGGAGUGGAAUCAACGAGGAUGGACA